GCUGCCAUUCGCGGCCUCGGCUGCCAAUCACCGAGUCCCGGUCAGUGAUUACUCGCCAGCACCCUGGUGAUCACUGAGUAUUACCAACGGAGGAGAGGUCUGUAUGUAAACAAUAAUGUCAGCUCUUGCACACUGCUUUGUAUGGCUCUGCAUAGCACAGCUAGUGAAACACACACACAGCCUCAUAGUAAAGCACAGCACACUGUUAACCCUUUGAUUGCCCCAGAUAUAAACCCCUUCCUGCCCAGUGCCAUUAGUACAGUGUCAGUGCUUUUUAUUAGCACAGAUCACUAUAUUGGAGUCACUGGGGAUGUCAGCGACACCAAGUCAGUUCCCCCCCCAGUGUCAGAAUGCCCGCCACAGUCCUGCUAUAAAUCGCUG